UUAUCGGUAAUGAAAAAUCUCAUUUUAUGCGCCCUUGAAACGAAAUGCAUGUGCCCAUGCAUUAAGACUCUCUCGACACGAGAGAAGAAAAAAAAUCUAUUAACUUUUAUCGCAAGCAUAAAUCGAAAUGUACCGUUCGCUCGUAAUCAUAUCGCCAAAAUCUAAUGCCACGCCAAUAAACAAUACGCCUCUAUCUCCGCAUGCAACGCACAAACAAUUCUAUCUCUUUCUGAAAUGGAUUUAUUAAAAACAUGAAGAGAAAUAAAAACAAGGGGGAUCUUGAACAUUCAAUUUGAUAUUACAUUCCGGAGUGAAACUAUCCUAAUGCAAACAUGACCAUACGGUUCGUAUGAAUGAUCAAGAAAUUCAGAGCGCCAGCUAAGAGAAAAUUAAAGCAAAACACAGACCGAGAGUGAAUAUGAGUCUUGAAGCUUAUGAUUUUGAUUCGAUCGGAAUUAAAAAUGGGAUCCUGUCAGAAUGCUCAGGCGGUGACUGAAUGCAGGCAAACAAAAUAAAAAUUUCAAUAAACCACAAACACUAUGAAAAAUGAUCCCUUUUCGGAAAAUGCAACAAACGACAGCAACAACGACGACGACGAUGUCAGGAAAUGAAUGUGUUUGUGUUGCGCUAUGCACAAAUAGUUUCCAAGCAUAGAAUGUGAUCAUUAAAAUAAAAAGGACGAGGACGAGGGAAACAGAAUAAAUGCCAUAAUUUAUAUCCAGUAUUUCUUUUUCUUUUUUUUCCUUUAGUUGUUCGUUGUGCACUAACACCAAUGCCAUUUGGUAAUUUCAGUCAUGCAUUCACCGAUACAUGCACAUGAAAAUGGAACGAACCGAUCAAGUCGAACGAAACGAACCUACAGCAAAAAUAAUAAUAAUAAAUACUACAGCAUAGAGCAUGUUUUGGAGGGGGUCUGAAAAACUGAACACCCAAAUACCAUUACACGAACAAACAAUUACAUUGGUAUUGAAUCGAAUGAAAAGGAUCUACGAGACUUAUUCCAUAUAUACAUAUAUACACUAGGCUAGAGAGAGCUCUAUGGCAAACUUGCUGCAAUGACAACAACAACAUUACGAACAGAACAUGAUUGUACUGCGCACACUGUGUGCAUACGUGCAUAUACAUGUGUAUGUGAAUCGUCGUCAUUUGAGCAUUGAAGACAGCGGGCACGCGACACACACACCAAAGUCUCGUUACAAUAUCAUACGCGUAUAUUGUUGUGUAUCUCGUAAAGAAAAGGAAUUAAACAGCUGGCUCAUCGGUUGGUUCAGAUAGUAAGUGCCAGUUACUCAACGACAUCGGAAGCAGAACAACGCGCGUGCGUAUCCAACGAACACAUUUCAAUUUUUUUCGUCGUUUUUAAGAGAAACACCAAAGAAAAUACGAUCAAAAGAGAAAACUCAAAGGAAAAAAGAAAACAACAAAAUAUAAAUCGUUUGAAUCAUCAUCAUCAUCGUCGUCGUCGUUAUCCACGAAACAAAAGCGGGCGAAACACGAAGAAGAAUACACCAACGAGAAUUCUUCAUUCGGUUUUUAUAUUAUUUUUUUCUCUACGGUUGUGCAUCGAAUUAUACGUGAACACACAUUCGUUGCUCUCUAUUUUGAUUCAUGAUCUUUGUUAGCGCACACGUUGGUGGCAGGCGGUAUUAUCUUGUCUUUUGUUCCGUUUGAAUUCGACAUCACGAUUUACAUAUUUAUUUGUGUGCUGUGAAAGAAAAGAAGGAGAAAAAAAAAACACGGACAGACAUUAACAAGAUAGGCACGGGCCUCUGAACAAUUUAAUUUUGUGAAUUUAAAAAAAAAUUGAGUGAAUGAACAUAGAAAAAAGAACUACAGACAGUUUAUUAUUAAAAGUUAUUCAAUUUGUUGAAAAGAAAGAAGUUAAAAAAAUACCAUUUGGAUCGUAAAUUCCAAGGGAAAUUUAUAUCAUCAGUGAUAAGAACAACGAAUAUAUAAACAAGAACAGCAUUCAGCAUUAUUUUUGGUAUUGAACUCGAAACGUAAACAGUAAAAAUAAUUGAUUGUGCGUUCUUAUCUAUGACUCGACUUCGGUGUUUGGAGCAACAACGUUAAUUCAACCUUCGCACUUCAAGCCGUGUAUAUUUGAAUGUCGCGUACGUACAUAAAUUAAAUUGAUUGUGAUAAGCACGUGUGAGAACGCAACAACAAACAUAACCAAUCGCAUCGUCAUUUGUUUAUUUUGGAGGUAACGCAUUUUUCUGUUGACAAAACAACAGAGAAAAAUGGCAACAAUCAGUGUUUUGUCAUAUGGAAAUCCAUCGGUGGGCCAAACAUUGGCAAACAACAACGGAAUGAAAGUGUCGAUUGUCAACAGGACGAAAUGUUCGCCAGCGCUUCAAAUCAAAUCAUCAAACAACGUAAACAAUAACAAUAAUCUUAACAAGACGAACUUGAAUGUGAAACCAAACAACAAGCGUUCGUACAAUGCAAUGGCAAAGAAGCAAAAAGCACAACCAUUGACGGAGACGAAUACGAACAUCAUGACAACAAACAAUGCUACAGCAAAUUCUGCAUCGGCAGCACAGCGAUCAGCAAAAUUGGCAAAAACAUUGAAACGUCCAUUGCCUGAGAUCGAUACAACGGUUUUGUGUCGUGCAAGUGGUGGAAAAUCGAAAGUAUUUCCGAUGCCAAUGGCUGUAGCGCGUCGUAAUGCUCGUGAACGUAAUCGUGUGAAGCAAGUAAACAAUGGAUUUGCUGCACUUCGUGAUCGUAUCCCAGAAGAAGUGGCCGAAGCUUUUGAAGCGCAGGGAAAUGGUCGUGGAUCGAUUAAGAAAUUGAGCAAGGUUGAAACACUUCGUAUGGCCGUCGAAUAUAUUCGGAGCUUGGAACGAUUACUGGAUAUUGAUCAUGAUUCCGAUGCAGGAAAUUUGAGCAACGACUUUCAAAUGGCCAAUGAAUCAUAUCAAUUGUCCGACACAUCAUCGGUAUUGUCAACAUUAACACCUCCGCCAUCGGAUAACAUAUCGAGUGGCAGCUUCGAUGAAAUCGACGGUCUACCCGAUAUAACAGUCAUUGAGGGUCAUCAAUACAUUCGCAUUCCGGGCACAAACACAUAUCAAUUGCUUGAGACAACUGUUGGCGACGAACAAUCCAUUGUAUACGAAAAUGACGAAAAUAUCGAACCAAUGAUGCAACCGAAUCAACAACAGCAUUUAAUGCUACAGCAACAACAACAACAACAACAGCCAACACCACCAAUCGACGACUAUACAACUGAUUCCAUUAACUGUUAUAGCAAUGAUGUGUACAACAGCCAAAUUCAUAUCUUAACACCUGCAUCAAUAUCACCGGGUGCAUACAGUAUGCAAUCUUCAACGGCUGGCCUAUCACCUGCUUUGCAUGAUACGACCACAAUAACGAUGCCACUGCACACAACGCAAUUUCUAACCACAACAGCAGAAGCAGCAGCAGCAACAACAACUACCAUGGCCGGUAUAAAAAAUGAAUGCUCACCACUGCCUUCCCUCAACGAUAGUGCCUUAUACACGAAUCCAUUAGCCGAUCUACCAAUUAAUCCACACAAUUACGGAGGCAUACUUACGCUACAAACCAAACUGAAAGAUGACAUCGAUCUCGGCGAUGAGCCCGCACUCUCGGAAGAAAGUAUGCUCGAAGCGAUGAACUGCUGGUGGAGCAACCAACAAUCUAACGGACCAAUCGUUCAUAAUUCAUAGUUUCAUACAAAACACAAUAGGUAAAUGUACAUUUGUAAAAUAGCUUGAAUUAAUUCAAUUUUCCUUUAAUUUAAAUCAGUUUUUAUAUUAAACGAAUAUUUCUGAAUAAGGAAAUCGGAAUUUUAUCGAAAUUUAAGAAGAAAAAACUGCACAUUGCCACCUCUGAAAGCAAAAAGCCAAACAUUUCCAUACUAAAGAUCCAAUGACAAAUAUAAAUUCCAUUUCUUAUUGCAUCUUUUCCAUAGUUAAUCUAAAUCAUGUUCAGAGGUGACACUUUGCAAUCAAUAUAUGCAUUAGAAUCAUACGAUUUGCAUAAAAAGAAUAUUUUAUUUAUAUUCAGCGACAAUUUCAACCAGUGAAUUUACAAUUAAUUUAGAUUUAAUAGCAUUGCAAUUAGGCCUAUAAGAAACGAAAAUUCUUGAUCACUUUCCCAUUGAAGGCUAUUCAAUUUAACAUAAGUAGCGCAUAGAAAGCUGUUCGAAUAUUUACUUAUAGAAGUCAUAAGAGUUUUUGUUUCUUUUCAUCCUACGUCGCUAUCAGCACCUAUUCCUGUAACCAUUUGCUAUCGAUUCACUAAUAUUAUUUAUUUAACGUUUUAAUUUAUAUAUGAGUACGAUGUCAAAAUUGGCCAUUCGCAUAGAAUACUAUAUUUAAAAGUAAAUAAAACUAUUUUUCAUAUAUCAAAUAUAUCCAGAGAACAAAAAAAACCAUCAAA